AUGAGGCUGACUGUGCGUGUGAUCGGAGCGCGCAACCUGCGCGCCAUGGAUUUCAACGGGUUCAGCGACCCGUAUGUGAAACUGCAGGUUGGGAAGCAGCGGUUCAAGACCAAGGUGGUCAAGAUGAACCUGAACCCGGAGUGGGAUCAGGAGUUCAGCUUCGUCGUCGCCGAUGUCCGGGAGGUGCUCAAGUUAGAUGUCUAUGAUGAAGACAUGAUCGGGACCGAUGACUUCCUGGGCCAGGUGAGGGUGACACUGGAGGAUCUUCUGGCCGCGGAGAACUUCUCGCUCGGUACGCGCUGGUACCAGCUUCUUCCCAAGACCAAGAGUGACAAGGCAAUUAAUUGUGGGGAGAUUUGUCUUGCAAUAUCUUUAGAAACAGCUGGGGCCACACGAUCAUGGUCCGAUGAUCUUGCAACUGAACUAACUGGUACACAGAAAGAGGAUUCGUUGCAAUCAAGUCAAAGCGCAGGAUCAUCAUCAGCGGCAUUAGCUUAUGAAGAAAAUGAAGCUUCUAAAGAAGAUAAUGUUAAUGAGUAUUUUUCUGAUGGAACUGAAAUCCCUGAAGAUGACAAAUGUGGCGAAGUGAGAGAUCCAGAGGACAGGUUUAAUGGGAUUCCUACUGAAAUUUCUAAUGAAGCCGAAACUUCUAAAACAGAAAAGCUUGACAAGCCCUCGCUUGUUGAUCGUGUCUAUCAAAUGUUUGCCAAGAAAAAUGAUGAUAUUUCGUCAACAUCAUUGACAAAGACCGAGGCUUUAGAAGAAGUUCAGCAAGCACCAGCAGUAUUUGAGGCUCCUUUAAGCCAAAAUAGUGACAUUUCUUCAGAGAUUACAUUUGCUGAACUAUUGAGAUCUUUUGAAUCGAGGCACGAAGAAGUCGAAAUGCCUGUGAAUUUACAAGGAAUUCUUGUUAACCAGUCAUAUUUUACGUCACCUAGUGAUUUGAAUAACCUUCUCUUCUCACCAGAUUCAGAUUUUCGGCAAACAUUGGUUCAGCUUCAGGGUUGUACUGAUUUCAAAACUGAACCCUGGAGAAUUGAUAAUGAUGGGGAGUCCCUGAAGAGAGUGAUAAGUUAUACAACUGCACCAUCCAAAUUGGUUAAAGCUGUAAAGGCAACAGAGGAACAAUCUUAUUUGAAGGCUGAUGGAAAAGAGUAUUCAGUUUUAUUAAGUGCUAGCACUCCUGAUGUUCCUUGUGGUACUUAUUUUCGGACAGAGGUUCUUUUCCGUAUUAUGCCAGGCCCUGAACUUGAUUCUGAGCAACAGACUUCACAUUUGGUAAUUUCUUGGCGCAUGAAUUUUCUUCAGAGUACUAUGAUGAAAAGUAUUAUAGAAAAUGGAGCAAGACAAGGCUUGGAGCAAAAUUAUUCACAGUUCUCUGAUCUACUGUCAGAGAAGAUCAAGCCUAUUGAUGUAGAUGAUGCUGGAUCAGAUAAGGAGCAGGUCUUAGCUUCAUUGCAAGGGGGGCAGGAGUCUGAUUGGAAGAUAGCAUUCCUAUACUUCUGUAACUUUGGUGUCUUGUCCUCUCUUUUUGUUGCCUUGUACAUUGGUGUUCAUGUUUCACUAGUGAAUUCAGGUGCAGUUCAGGGACUUGAGUUUCCUGGAUUAGAUUUGCCAGAUUCUGUCAGUGAGAUUGUCAUGGGCGGGCUAUUGUUUCUUCAGGUGCAACACAUAUUUAAGAAAAUCAUGUGUUUUUUUCAGGCAAGAGAACAAAAAGUUGGUGAUCAUGGUGUGAAAGCACAAGGCGAUGGAUGGUUGCUAACUGUUGCCUUAAUUGAGGGAACUAAUUUGGCACCAGUCGAUGCUACUGGUUUCUCUGAUCCUUAUGUGGUAUUUACUUGCAAUGGUAAAACCAAAACAAGCUCAAUCAAGUUCCAAACACUUGAACCUCAGUGGAACGAUAUCUUUGAGUUUGAUGCCAUGGAUGAUCCUCCAUCAGUUAUGAAUGUGCAUGUAUAUGAUUUUGAUGGACCAUUUGACGAAGUUACCUCUCUUGGACAUGCUGAAAUCAACUUUGUGAAAUCAAAUCUGUCAGAGCUAGCGGAUGUAUGGAUUCCUCUUCAAGGUAACUUGGCUAAGUCCAGGCAGUCUAAGUUACACCUAAGAAUCUUCUUGAACAACUCAAAGGGCACUGGUAUGGUCACUGAGUAUCUGAGCAAAAUGGAGAAAGAAGUUGGUAAGAAGAUGACGUUGCGGUCUCCUCGAACUAAUACUGCAUUCCAGGAGCUCUUCUCUCUGCCUGCAGAAGAAUUUCUAAUCAGCAGUUUUACCUGCUACUUGAAGCGGAAAUUGCCUACACAGGGCCAUCUUUUCUUGUCUCCAAGAAUAAUUGGAUUUUAUUCAAGCAUGUUUGGCCGGAAAACAAAGUUUUUCUUUCUAUGGGAGGAUAUUGAGGACAUACAGGCAAUUCCCCCAUCACUAUCGACAUGGAGUCCAUCCCUUGCAAUAACUCUUCACAGAGGUAGAGGCAUGGAUGCAAAGCAUGGUGCGAAGAGCGUAGAGAGUGGAAAGCUGAAGUUUUCUCUGCAAUCUUUCGCAUCAUUUAGUGUGGCCAAUAGGACAAUAAUGGCGUUAUGGAAAGCAAGAUCAUUGAGCUCCGAGUCUAAAGUACAGAUUGCUGAGGAACAAUCUCAAAAUAAUACACUUCAGAGUGAGGACAGUGGGAUUUUUGUUGGUGUUGACGAUUCCAAGAGCCUUCAGAUGAGUGAAGUUUUCUCGUCAACCAUUUCUGCUAAUAUGAAUUCACUUCUGGAGGUGUUCGAAGGAGGUUCAUUGGAGAUGAAAGUCAUGGAGAAAGUUGGAUGCCUCAAAUACUCGGCUACACAAUGGGAAUCAGAUAAACCCGACGAAUAUCAAAGACAAAUUCAUUACAAGUUUAGCAGGAAGUUGUCUCCUGUUGGAGGAGAAGUGACUGGGACCCAGCUGAAAUCUCCUAUGCCCAAUAAGAAAGGGUGGAUUAUUGAAGAGGUGAUGGAACUUCAAGGCGUCCUUCUUGGUGACUUCUUCACGCUUCAUAUAAAGUAUCAAAUCGAAGACCUUGCUCCUAAACAAAAGGCGUGCAGUGUCCAAGUCUAUCUUGGAAUUGAAUGGUCAAAGACCACCAGGCAUCAGAAGAGAAUCGAGAAGAAUGUUCUUUCCAGCUCAUCUGCCCGCCUAAAGGAGAUGUUCAGCCUUGCAUCCAAACAACUCUCGAACACCAGAUAG